AUGGAUCCCUCGACUUUACUACAGUGUUUCGCUGGUACACUGAGUCAUGAUCAGAAUGUGCGCAGUGAAGCUGAGUCUAAUUUGAAAGUUGCGGGAAAGACUACUGGCUUUCUUGGUGCAAGUUUGGACAUCAUUUCUUCACCUGAAAUCCCAGAAGACAUUAAGUUGUCUGCAGCUCUUUACUUCAAGAACAAAAUUGUUCACGGAUGGAGUGGCCGCCAAUUGGGAAGAAACGAACUGCUCAACCUAAAUGUGGACAAUGACGAAAAACCGGUCGUUAAGGACAUGCUGGUAAAAGCUUUGGUGCACUCGUCGAUAUACUCUCCUAGCUGCGUUCGUCUUUUGCAGCCAGCUUUGAGCACCAUCGUCGCAGAAGAGUACCCUAAGAAGCAAUGGGACUCGCUUUUAAAUACAUCCUUUGAGCUUCUCGGCUCGAACGACAUGAAUUCGGCGCACAUCGGUUUGCUUGCUUUAAGUGAGAUUUUUAGAACUUAUCGCUGGAAAGACAACGAUUCCAGACAGGAAUUGGAACAUCUCAUACUACAGUAUUUCCCUAUUUUGCUUGAGUUCACCACAAGUACGCUUGUGGACAAUGGCAGAAAUAUCGAUAACGCCAAAGCAGGUGAAAUGGUGAAGCUUGUACUUAAAAUCUACAAGUUUGUCACUUAUCAUGAUCUGCCCUUUGCCCUUCAGAGGCCCGAACAAUUUAUUCCGUGGGCCAAUUUGCAUGUAGCCAUCAUUCAGCAACCAUUACCCUCUCAGAUUGUGUCGUCUGCGAUCGCAAGUACUCCACGGUAUCAGCCAUGGGUCAAAGCUAAGAAAUGGGCAUAUGCCAAUUUGUCAAGACUGUUUCAGAGAUACGCAUCGACCUCACUUUCGCGAAAGUUUGCUUAUGAUGACUUCAAGCAGCUUUAUUUAGAAGACUUCUUACCACAGAUAGUCCAACUGUACUUUCAACAAAUUGAACAGUGGAGCGAAAAAUCUCUUUGGCUCAGCGACGAGGCCAUGUAUCAUAUUUUGGGCUUUUUCGAGCAGGUAGUAGUGCAGAAAGCCACAUGGCCGUUGAUGAAACCCUACUACCCCGUGCUGCUGGAGCAUAUCAUUUUUCCUCUUCUAUGUCCAACUGAGGAAACACUGGAAACUUUCGAAACAGAUCCUCAGGAGUAUAUUCAUCGGAACCUAGAAGUGUGGGACGACAAUUACUCGCCUGAUCUUGCAGCUUUGGCGCUUUUGACAACCUGCGUGACGAAAAGAGGUGGUACCACUUUGGCACCUACCGCGCUUUUCGUAACGGAAAAGCUGAACAAGAGCUUGGCUCAUCCUGACCAAUUUAUUGAAGUGGAAUCCGCGCUCAGGAUUUUCUCCAACAUUCUGGACCGCUUAUUUCAGAAAAAUUCGGGGUUUGCAAAGGACGUCGAAAAGCUAUUGAUCUCAUUGGUUUUUCCUUUCUUCAACUCUCCUCAUAAUAUUCUGAAAGCUCGCGUCUGUGAAAUAUGCUCCAAAUUGGGCGAGCAGCAAUUCGAAAAUCCUCAAGCUUUGGAAACAAUCUACAACGGAAUAGUUUCGUGCUUUAUGGAAAAUUCCGAUUGCCUUCCUGUAGAGCUUUUGGCAGCUCUUGGAAUUCAGGCAUUUAUUCACGAGCCUGCAUUUCAAGGACCAAUAUCUGCCAACGUCGUUCCAAUGACUCAAAAAUUACUGCGGAUUUCAAAUGAAAUUGAGUCCGAUGCUGUUUCAGGCGUGCUUCAAGAGUUUGUAGAAUGUUUCUCUGAACAAUUGCAGCCUUUCGGCAUUGAGCUCAUGACUGACCUUGUCCAGCAAUUUUUGAAGUUGGCAAUUGAUCUCAACGACUCGUCAAACUUUGACGUUAACAAGAUUGACGACUACAGUGAGCUACCUGACGAUACGGACAAGCAAAUGGCGGCGCUGGGGAUAUUGUCAACUGCCAUCUCGAUUUUACUCUCGUUCGAAAAUUCGCACGAUAUUGUAAAGAACUUGGAGCAGUCCUUUUAUCCAGCGGCUGAGUUCAUUCUCAAAAACGACAUGGAAGACUUUUACCGCGAAGUAUGUGAGUUUAUCGAGAAUUCCACCUUCUUGUUGCGAGACGUUACACCAUUCUCAUGGAAAAUAUUGGAGCUUAUUGGAGACUGUAACCGUAAAGAAGAGGGUAUGGUGGCAUUUUAUUUGGAAGACUUUAUGGUGGCUUUCAACAACUAUCUCGUUUAUGGCCGGGAAGAACUCAAGAAGAAUCCAUUUUACUCGAACAUUUUAUUUGAAGUUUACAGUAAAGCUAUUAUCAACGAGGACAGCUCGCUCGAUGACAUGGCGCAUGUUUUCGAGCUGGCUCAAAAGCUUGUACUCGCUUUGGAUACUUCAAUCCCUGCUACAUUCGUUGAGAAGUUUUUAAGUGACGUUCUCGAGGCUGUUACUCGUGAGGCUGCCGACUUGAAAAAAAAUGUUGUUUUCACCGUGAGCUCUUUCAACGUCAUAAUUGCAUGCUUAGCCUGCAAUCCCACCGACACCUUACGUUACCUUUCCUCUAGAAACGCCCUGGAAAGUUUCUUCGACCUUUGGUAUUCGUAUCUAAUACCUCACUACAAGCGAGUUUACGACAUAAAACUGUCUUUGAUGGCGCUUCUGAGUAUAAACAGCAGUGUCCCACUCUCGGAUCUUCAAGCCAUGUCGCUCGAAACUGUGGUAGGGCAAUCGGGUUCCAAGAUUGUGAAAUUACUAACUGUUUUUCCUCAGGCGCUGAAAGACCUGGACGAAAAACGUAAAGUCUAUUCCGCCGGUGGCCUUCCAGACGAUGCGUUUGGGCAGUUUGAGCAGGACAGUACUACCAAUGCGGCGCAAGGCGGAAACGCCGACGACGACGAAGAAGAUGAAGAAGAUGAUCUCGAUGAAGAGGCCUAUCUCGAUUUUCUCAACAAAGAGGCCAAUAGUCUCAAAUUCGUUGACGGAAGUGCCGACAUAUUUAAUCCUAUCGAGGACUUUGAAGACCUGGACGAAGACCCUCUUUCUGGCUCCGUUGUCGAUCAUGUAAACGUCUAUGACGUUUUCAAAACUGUGCUGUCGGCGAUGCAAUCUGAUUCUGUAAAGUAUGAUCUUUUCACCGCCAAUUUGUCGCCUGACGAUCGUCAAGCUAUAACGACCAUCAUGAACUCAUGA